AUGGCAGAAGAGAGCGUGAACCAGAUGAGAAGAACUAUAGUAUUUACGGUGGUAAUUAUAUACGCUGUUGUAAGCGGUCUCUUCAUCUUAGGCUACCUAAUUGUACAUUAUCAUUCAGACCUGAAAAGGGCAUUUCGACGGUUUACGCUGUCCAUCGAAGAGUAUGCGCAUUUCAUGAACAUGAAAUGGCGGUAUAGUAGGGCAAUCGAUCUGGAGAAAUAUGUCGAGACUAUCAAUUACCAUGAUUUGAAGGCCAAAGGGUUGGACGGAUACAAAUAUGGGCAUGUUAUUAUGGAUCGGGAUAGCUUCGAAAGGAUGGAUUCACAUUCUGAUUGCACAUGCGGUGGGGGACUUACCAAGUUUUCGAUAGCGGAACUAGAGAAACGAAAUCCCAAUGAAUUGGCCAAUGACGACGAAACUUGUUGCAUCUGUCUGGAACUGCUUAAGACGCAGGAGUACGAUACGAUAACAACCCAAGAUGGUAUGAGGGUUAAGACCAAAGGUGGGCCUCCCACAAAAUCUAUCAAAGAUACCGAUAUUGUCAUGAUACCUUGCCAGCACUACUUCCAUGCAGGAUGUCUGAAGGAGUGGUUUAGUCCACAGAGACGUGGAAAAAGGCGGCCGCUUGUCUGUCCGCUGUGCAGGAUGGACAUAGUCAAAUGUAAGGCGUUCUGUAUGAGAUUGGGACUGCUAAUGAGUGAACUAAAAGUUACGCUCAACUCACAUACGAGUCCGAAUUUAGGUUCUGAGCGGGUCUCAGAACUGACAUCUGACUCAAGUUAA